AGCGGCGGCAGCGCAGAACUCUCGCUGGCUUCCUGCUUUCUAAACGUUCCAUUGUGAGGAGCUUCCAUUGUGACGUCUCGGCUUCGGCGCCGCUUUAUCUGUCCAUAUAUGGGCAGCUACGUCACGGAGCUUUCCCGUCGCUCACAUAAAUAGGCUGGCGGAUUUCCCUAGCUGAGCAUUUGGGCUGCAGUGAGGGAACCUGCUGAACGAGCGAGAGAAGAAGGCAGGGAAGGAAGAGCGAGGCCGGGGAGGAGGAGGGGAGGCAGGGAGGGAUUAAAGACUCCCACCAUCUUCUGCCAUCACAUCUGCAAAGCAGAUCGGGACUCCCACCUCCUCCUUUCAGGAAACACCUCCGGGGAUCCACCGAGGAUUGCGCGCCCCCACCGACCACCCACCUUCCCACCCUCCUCCGCCAACUGGCCCCCUCCCCCGUGGCCACAGCACCUUCUUUCCUCCCCCAGCAGCGCCCCCCUCGCCGCCGCAACUUUUCUCUCGCAUGGUCUCCUUCGCACGGAUUUGCCACGCGGAUGCCGCCUUGUCGGGAGCGGAGCUCGGAGCCGCUUUGAACCCGCCGCCGAAGCAGCCGCCGCCGCAGCCUCCUUCUGCUCUUCCUCCAGUGCUAUGACAGGCAAACUCGUGGAUAAGCUGCCAGGGACCAUGAACACUUUGAUGAACCAGUUGUCUGACAAUUUGUACCCCGAGGAGAUCCCCAACUCUCUAAACAUCUUCUCCAGCAACGGCGAGGCGUCGGUGGCUCACUAUAAUAACCAGAUGGCGACAGAUAAUGUUAUGGAUAUUGGCUUAGCCAACGACAAGUCCGGCCAAGACCUGUCGUCGUAUUCGGGCUCCUUCCAGCCCGCCCCGGGCGGCAACAAAACUGUGACCUACCUGGGCAAGUUCGCCUUCGACUCGCCGUCCAACUGGUGCCAGGACAAUAUCAUCAGCCUGAUGAGCGCGGGCAUCCUGGGGGUGCCUCCGCCGCCGCCCUCCUCCAGCGCGCAGGCCUCGACGGGCAGCAUGGUGCAGGUCCAGAGCCAAGGCGACGUCGAAGGCAUGUAUCCAGCGCUGCCCCCUUACUCCACCUGCAGUGACCUUUACGCGGGCGAGCCGGUGCCCUUCCACGACCCGCAGGGCAACGCCGGCCUCUCCUACUCGGCGCAGGAUUACCAAGGGGCCAAGCCCGGCGGGGGCGGCGGCGGCGGCGGGGGCGGCCUGGAGAGCAACCUCUUCCCCAUGAUCCCGGACUACAACCUCUACCACGGGCACCCCAACGACCUGGGCAGCCUCCCGGAGCACAAACCUUUCCAGAACCUGGACUCGAUCCGGGUCAACCCGCCGCCCAUCACCCCCCUGGAGACCAUCAAAGCCUUCAAGGACAAGCAGAUCCACCCGGGCUUCGGCAGCCUAGCGCAGCAGCAGCCCCCGCUCACGCUCAAGCCCAUCCGGCCGCGCAAGUACCCCAACAGGCCCAGCAAGACGCCCCUGCACGAGCGGCCGCACGCGUGCCCGGCGGAGGGCUGCGACCGGCGCUUCUCGCGCUCCGAUGAGCUGACGCGGCACCUGCGCAUCCACACGGGCCACAAGCCCUUCCAGUGCCGCAUUUGUAUGCGCAGCUUCAGCCGCAGCGACCACCUCACCACGCACAUCCGCACGCACACGGGCGAGAAGCCCUUCGCGUGCGAGUUCUGCGGGCGCAAGUUCGCGCGCAGCGACGAGCGCAAGAGGCAUGCCAAGAUCCACCUCAAGCAGAAGGAGAAGAAGGCCGACAAGGGCUCGGCGGCGGCUGUCAGCGCGCCCGGGGGGGCCGGGCCCGGCGGCUCGCCCGCCGUCUCGUCGCUGGCCCCCGUGGUCACCACCUGCGCGUGACGCUGCUCCCGCCCCGCCGAGCCCCAGUGCCUCUCGAGCGCUGUCUUUCGUGCCCACCUGGCGCAAAACCCGCCGAGCAGCAGCGGCGGCGGCAGAAGCUGUUGGCCUCCCCAGGCUCCCGCGAAAGGGAUGCCUUUGCGCGCAAGCCUCUCGCCGCCUCCAAGCUGGUGGUGGGAGGAAGCCUUGAACUUUCCGCCGGAUCGUCUUGAUUCUCAGCGGCUUAGGAGAGGAGGGCAAGCGGGGACAGAGCCUCUUCUCCCGGAGGAGCUGUCCUGGGCAUGGGGUGCGUGGGGAGGGAGCUCCGUCUGGCACGUGUGAAAGGGUAGCGGAUGGACACGGGAAAACUUCCCUGGAUUCCUCUCCCCCCACCCCGACAGAUGCCCUUCCUCUGAUCUUCCUCCUUUCCUUCUCCCUCGAUGGAGGGGGGCACCAAAGUGAAAUGCGUGCUGCCCGUGGAGACGGUGUGUGCGUGUGUGUGCGCGUGCGUGCGUGUGUCAGCCUCUUGAACUGAACUUGGCUGAUUUUAGCCGACAGUUAAGUUUUCCGUCCCCUGUGCACCGUGGAGAGGAGCCCCCCCACCAGAGCCUUUCCCCCCCGCUCCCUUCCUAGUCCCAUCGCCCUGGAAGAAACUGGGUGACUUUUGCAAUGGAUGGCGAGCCAGUCAGUCCCUUAUAGAAAUGCGCUGCGGCUGUGCUGCCUCGUGUCUUGGUCUCCCUCUCGGAGUGCCAGAGCAGCCUUGCUCUCCUUUGCUAUGACUGGGGAGCAACCUGGGUGAUUUCUGGCUUAGAAUCAUAGAGUUGGAAGAGACCACAAGGGCCAUCCAGUCCAACCCCCUGCCAAGCAGGAAACACCAUCAAAGCACCAUCAAGGCUUUUUCACGUGGAGAAAUUCCUUCCUCUCUCUUUUUUCUUGACAAUUAAACCCCCUUUCCCGUAAGUCUUCCUCUUGCUCACUUUUAUUCCUCCCUCCCCCAUCCCUCCAAAAGUAUUACCCAACCUCCUCCAAACCCGUAAGAAAACCAAUGACACUCCCGCCCGCUGCCCCAAACACACGCCUCUCCUUCGGCCUCCUCUUCUUCCACCUUGGAAAUGAGCAGGGCUUUCCAAAACAGUGUCCGGCCCUUCCAUGUCACUCUCAGCUUCCUAGUGCAGAGUGAUUGUAAAUAGCGACCACAGCAAAACUUAGUCUGGGUGUUAUUAUAUAGCUUUAAGAAUUGUUGAGGGUGGGGGAAUGAAAGAGAGAAAGGGGCAGUAACUGGGGGAACUGGUGCAGGCACUUCAAACUUUAUUUCCUCCAAAGGAGGAGUUGGGUGGAGAGAGAUAGAAUGAAGAAACAUGGAUUUAUCGAUCCCUUUGAUUGAAUUUGUCACACCAAGCCCACCUUCUUGUCAUCCGCUGUUGGCAGCUCUGAAUGUAGCGAGAAAAUGGGGUUGGAGGGAGUCAGGCUCCCCUAACUUGAAUGUACAGUACUUACUGCUGAGGAUCCCUAUUCACUUUUCUCUGAGACUAGGCUACUGUUGGGAGUGGAAAAGGCAGGAGAGUUUACAGGGUGUGUCUGUUUCGAGGGUCGGUGUGUGUGUGUGUGUGUGUGUGUGAAUGCAUGGUAGAUUCAGAUGAACUAUUUAAGUGUUCAUAAGACCCUUAACAAACGAAUGGGAGGUGGUAUAGCAAUUUCCAGGUCAUUUUAGCUCACCCUGGGGGAUGCCAUUUUGGGAAAGAGGGCUAAUGGGCAUCAAUUUGGGAUGCGUUUUGUUUUGUUUUUUGUUUUUUUUAGCACAAGGACAAUUAUUUUCAGAAAUGCAGAAAACAGUGUUUUAAAUGCGUACUUUUUAUAAUGUGAUUUUAUUGUUUUGUUUUGAUUUGAUUUGGGGGCUCACUUAAAAUAAACAGGGGUGGGGAGAGAAAGCAGUUUGCCUUUUUUCCUUUACUCCUUCUGGUACGUGCAUGUCAUUGCAUGUCUUGCUUUGUUUUUCUUUUCUUUUUUUAAUAAAACUGCUCAGAUAUUUAAGCAAAACAAUGAUGAUAAUUAUAAAAAAAAAACUUGUUGCCAAAAGGUUGUGUUUUAUCCAGGUUUGAUGUCUGCAUGUUAAAAAGAAAAUUAAAACAAACAUUCUCAGAGAGAGAGAGAAAUGCAGUCUAUGUGAACUGAAAGAAACAAAAAUCAGGUUUAUCUACAAAAAUCUUAGGGGAUGAUAUUUUUUGAAAGACUUUUGUAUAAAGUUGAGUACUUAGGGAAAAGAGACAAAUCAGAUGUAAUAUAUUUUGUGGAUGUUUUUAUUUCUUGGAUUUAUAGUACCUUAUACUAAGGUUAAAAUGCUUGAUAUUGUGAAAAAAGUGAUAAUUUUCACACACAUUUCAUUGGCUCAUUUGUCAUGUAAUGCAAAUAUGAUAGUUAAUGCAUACAGCAUUUUAAAGGGGAAAAUCAGAAAUAUUGAACUGAUGUAUUGUUGUACCAUUUGCACUGUGAGCAAAUGCUAAUGCAGUAAAUAUAUUGUGUUUGCUGACAAUCAAAUCCUUGUAGUAAAUAUCAUUAUUUAUUUCUUUUUAAAAAUCACUGUGUGCAUAUUAUGUUAUACAUUCUCUGCUUGGGGGGGGGGGAAUCUAAUAUAUCAAGGAAAAAGAAACUGUUUACUUUAAAGGGAUUAGGCAUUAUGAAUCCUUGUAGAUCUGAUACGGAAAUGUGUUCUGGUACCAUACAGAAGUUUGCACCUUGUUUGAAUUUCUUUUUGGGUUAAUAUAUAGGGCUUGGAAGUCAGAAUGGCGGCACCUUGACUUUUAACCCGUCUUGGUCUUGUGCAAAACCUCCCUUAGCACAGCAAAUCACAAGAACAUUUACUUGGAAUUAAGCUCCAUUGAAAUCAAGGGGACUUAUUUCCAAAUAAUUUAGUUUAAAACUGGACCCAAUUGCCUGUUAUUUAAGCAUGCACUUUAGAUGGUGUUAUCUGUGUUUGGCCUCUGCCUCUUAAUGUUUCCUCCUGUGUUGUGCUUGUGAUCUUAUCUUCACUGUUCUAAAAUGCUAUGGGUACUUUACCAGAAUCACACUCACGGUGGGGGCCCCACCCCAUUUCCAUUUUAUUCCGAAAACUGAGCAGCCACGUCCAUAUAAAUGUUAGGUAAUGACUGUACACUUAUUGCUCUCCAUUUAAUGCAAACAUUUACAUUGUGACAAAAGAAGCAUUUGCACUAACUCAGAUGAAGGAGGGUCUUAAUGGCUUAGCUGUUAAUGCUCUGUCUCCUUCCCAAAGCCUCAUCACUUGAGGUAAAGGAGGGAAAACAGAAAAAAAGGAAUGCAUUUGUGGCAUGGCAUGUAUGGCUUAAAACAUUGUUUUUAGGAAUAGUAGUGGUAACUAAAAG